AUGGACAUCAAUGAAUUAUUGGUCAUUGGAGAUUCCGAAUUGUUGAUUCAUCAAGUACAAGGCGAAUGGGCCACUAAGAAUGAAAAGAUCUUACCAUAUGUGAACCUGGCACAGAGAUUGUGCAAGAAGUUCAGAAAGAUUGAGUUUCGACAUACGCCAAGGGCUCAGAAUGAAUUUGCUGAUGCACUGGCCACAAUAGCAUCAAUGAUCCAGCAUCCUGAAAGCAGUCACAUCGACCCGCUAAGGAUAAGUAUGAAAGAAGAACAUGCCCAUUCUUGCUAUGUGGAAGUUGAACCAGAUGGCAAACCAUGGUACAGCGACAUCAAAAUGUAUCUGGAAGGACGAGAAUACCCCAAAGGCAUUACAAAUGGACAAAAGAAGACCAUCCAAAGAAUGGUGAAAGGUUUCUUCCUAAACAAAGAAGUGCUAUAUAAACAGAUGCCAGAUUUUGGUCUGCUUAGAUGUGUAGACGCCGGCGAAGCCACCAAACUGCUAGAAGAAGUACAUGUGGGAACAUGUGGACCCCAUAUGAAUGGAUUCAUCCUCACAAAGAAGAUUCUACGAGCAGGGCACUAUUGGAUGAUUAUGGAGAGUGACUGCUACAAAUAUGUGCAAAGGUUCCAUCAGUGCCUGAUCCACGGUGAUUUGAUCAAGGUCCCUCAAAGUGAGCUUAAUGUUGUGAGCUCACCAUGGCCUUUCGUUGCUUGGGAAUGCAUAUUAUUGGACCUAUUGAGCCGGCAGCUUCAAAUGGCGACCGGUUCAUUGGUCGCCAUUGACUAUUUCGCCAAGUGGGUGGAAGCAAUAUCUCACAAAUCAGUAACAAAGAAGGUGGUGGCGGACUUUGUGCAAAACCACAUCAUAUGCAGAUUCGGUGUGCUCGAGUCCAUCAUAACAGACAACGGGGCAAAUCUGAAUAGCCACCUGAUGAAGGAUAUCUAUGAGAAAUUUAAGAUCACCCAUCGAAACUCGACAGCUUACCGGCCGCAAAUGAAUGGAGCCGUAGAAGCAGCCAACAAGAAUAUCAAGAGGAUAUUGAGGAAAAUGACUAAUAAACAUAAGGGUUGGAACGAGCAGUUUCCUUAUGCUCUACUGGGAUACCGUACUACAACCAGAACCUCAACAGGAGCAACUCCAUACUUGCUGGUCUAUGGAACUAAAGCAGUCAUACCCGCUGAAGUUGAGAUACCUUCCCUGAGAAUCAUUCAGGAAGUAGAAUUAGACGAUGCUGAAUGGGUUCGAGCUCGAUAUAAGCAAUUAGCAUUAAUUGAUGAGAAAAGGAUGGUUGUUGUAUGUCACGGUCAAUUGUACCAGCAAAGAAUGGCAAGAGCUUUCAACAAACGAGUCAGAACCAGAUUUUUUCAGAUCGGGCAACUGGUGCUCAAAAGGAUUUUUCCACAUCAAGAGGAAUAUAAAGGGAAGUUUGCUCCCAACUGGCAAGGUCCUUAUGUGGUCCACAAAGUACUCUCCGGAGGAGCAGUAGUACUGGCGAAAAUGGAUGGUCAAGAGUGGCCGAAACCGAUCAACUCAGAUGCAAUCAAGCGCUACUAUGCAUAA